AAGUGGAUGGAGGCGGUCCAACCGGUUCUCUCUUCCACCUCAGCACUCUCCAAGCCGGAGAGAGUCCAUCGGGGUCUGGAUGUAUUUGCCAAGCGUUUAGAGGGGGGGGUUCUGGUAGAGCGGCUUCACAUCGGAUCCAGGAGGCACGUGAACGCAGCAUGGGGGACGAGACGUACAAUUUUGUCUUCAAGGUGGUUCUAAUCGGAGAGUCCGGUGUCGGCAAGAGUAACCUGCUGACCCGCUUCACCAAGAACGAGUUCAACCACGACAGCCGCACCACCAUCGGUGUGGAGUUCAGCACCCGCACCGUCCAGCUGGACAACUGCAGCAUCAAGAUGCAAGUGUGGGACACGGCCGGACUGGAGCGCUACCGCGCCAUCACCUCAGCGUAUUACAGAGGGGCUGUGGGCGCCCUGCUGGUCUUCGACAUCACCAAGCACCUGACCUACGAGAGCGCCGAGCGCUGGCUGAAAGAACUGUACGACCACGCAGACCCUCACAUGGUGGUUAUGCUGGUGGGCAACAAGAGCGACCUGGAGCACCUGAGGACCGUACCUGCUGAGGAGGCCAGGGCCUUUGCAGAGAAGAAGGGUCUGAUGUACAUGGAGACGUCUGCGUUGGAUUCCACCAACGUGGAAGCGGCCUUCACGGACGUCCUCACAGCGAUCCACCGCAAGGUGGCGAGCAGAGAGGUGACCCGGGGCUCCAUCAGCGCCGUCAGCCUGUCGGCGCCCAACGGUCCCAGCAGCGACGGCCAGGAGGAGGGCAGGAGGUGCUGCGGCAGCUGAGCGCCAACACGGACUCACACCGUGUAAGUUGCAUGAAAAAGGCCAACACUCCGGACUUUCUUGGUGAAGUCGUGUCGUUGUUGUCAAGCAAAGCCCCGGCAAUCAUUUGGAAUAAAUUAUUUAAUUAUUAUGCCCAAUGACUUAUACACAUCACUAUUAUUAUUACUACUAUCAUCAACACUAUUAUGCAUGUGGGCUGUCUUCCACUAAGGAAGUCCAAUGUGAUUGGUUGGAUUGUGGCCAUAGUGGACCAUCUGGUCUUUUUAACAUCUGUGAUGUCACACCAAGAAGAAGGCUGAAGUGACAAAUCAAACUGUUGUUCUCUACAAACUAUUUGUCUGCACACAAGAAUGUUUUGCUAAUAUUUCAAGAAGACAAGAUGAUGAACACAAUCAAUUACACUCGACACACCUGAUGUCCGCAGCAGGUGUUAACUGGCCUUCCCCUACGAAAUAAAUCACUCUUCCCAAUCAAA